AAGACACUAUGUUGCGGAUCGACAUGGAAGACUGGAACGGGAAAAGGUACUACGCCAUCUACGACUACUUCCGGGUAGACGGACCCGACGACAACUACCGCCUACACGUGUCUGGUUACCACGGCAACGCCGGGAAUUCCAUGACGUCACUAUGGGAAAACCACGAUGGAAUGCCCUUCAGCACCAAGGACAAGGACAAUGACGGGCGCUUCUAUGACUCAUGUGCCGGCAACCACCACGGAGCUUGGUGGUUCAACAACUGUUUCGAAGCCCACCUCAACGGCAAAUACUAUCACAAAGGCUUCCACAAGGACUACUUCCAGAGGGAUGGCAUCCAGUGGAACACCAUCCACAUGUACUCAUCACUCAAGGCCACCCAGAUGAUGGUCAAGCCUACCGACAACCCCAGGAGCAACACAUCCAACGAGGUCACGGCAGAUGUGUAA